AUGAGUUCUGCAUCGAAAGGGCGCAAAAACCGCCCCAGAUCCACCGGGAGCAUCUUCCAGAUCAGCAAGCCUCCUCCAAGAGAGCCACAGAGGCGGGAGAGCACCGAAAGUACCCGCAAAGCCCAGCGCGCCGUGGCCGACUGCAGAAUGAUCGUCCAAGAGUUCAACACACUUGUGGCUCUGUACCGUGAACUGGUCAUCUCCAUUGGCGAAAUCACUGUCGACUGUCCAUCCUUACGGGCAGAAAUGCUCAAGACCCGCACUAAAGGCUGCGAAAUGGCGAGAGCGGCGCACCACAGUCUCUCCCUGAUAUCGGGGCCAGAGGAUGGGGAAAUCCACCCUGAGAUCUGCCGGCUCUUCAUCCAGCUGCAGUGCUGCCUGGAAAUGUAUAUUACAGAGAUGCUGAAAUCUGUCUGCCUGUUAGGAUCUCUACAACUCCACAGAAAAGGUAAAGAUUCAUGUGGCCCUCAUGGUGUCGACUGUAAGACUGAGGACUCAGACAUCCCCAUCCUGGAGGAUACUUCUUCGUCCCCCACUGAUUGCCCUCAGCUCUGCUGGCUGUUAGCCACCGACAUAGAUAACAUAGAAAGGGAUAUGAGAGAGAUGAAGAACCUUCUCAGUAAACUCAGGGAGACAAUGCCUUUACCACUGAAGAACCAAGAUGACAGCAGUUUGCUGAACCUGACUCCCUACCCACUUGUUCGACAGAGGAAGAGGCGGUUCUUCGGACUCUGUUGCCUGGUAACCAGCUAA